GGAAUCAUGAGAAAUCCUUGCGGACAAACGUCUGUUGAAGCCCAAGCUCGUGGGUGUGAUGGGACGUCUUGUCAUUUGCUUGGUUGCCACAAGAAUGCAUCGACGAGGAUCUGACAGAUCAAUUCAGGGCGGCGGGUCCUUGGAAAUACUACCGGGACGCGAACAGGACUGCCGAAAUUAGCGAAGAGGAGUUUGGACAAGAUGUGGUACCAGUCUGGCUGACAAAUCGGCUUCAUGUGGCGCACUGUGCAUUCAGUUGGCUAAAGUUACACAGAGCUCUUGUUGGAAACAAGCGAGUCCAUUCACAAAUGCCAUUGCCACACACUGAGCAUUGCUCGCACGUGCUAAGGAUGGGAGGGGACCCGGAACAACUUCGAACCACUGCCGUAAUCCAAUACCCCGAUUGUGGUUUCUUUACUGCCACCUUUCCUGGCGCCACGUACCCAAAUAACGCCCGUAAGCCCAAAGUCCCACGAGAUGGACAGUCCGCCACAUAGCCUCAGGAAAGUUGCAGGAAGAGUGGACAGAAUUGGUGAAACUGGGUUCUGGUCAAAAGCUUUCUGGAAGUAUCCCAAUUGCUUCUUGUCGAAUGUGCUACACUUCUCUGAUGUCACCAAAUUUCGAGGAAGAUAGAAAAGCCACAGUUGUUGAUCGGUUGUUGGAAUUCAUGUAUGUUAAUUUAUAGUAUUAUUUCUGUCCUCUAAAAGAGGAAAAAAAGGUGAAAAAUUUCAC